AGAGUAGAUCCGCCUCCUGGCUUUGGUGCGCUCGUUGCGUCUCUUUCCCCCUGCCCGCUUCAAACCCAUAUUCCACUGGGAGAGAGCGAGAGAGAGAGCGAGAGAGAGAGAAAGAGAGAGAGAGAGAGAGAGAGAGAGAGGGAGCAGGACCUGGGAGAAGAGCAACGAAAGAAAAACAGGAGAGAAAAACGGAACAACGACACAAAUGGCACUCAUGGCAGGGAUUUUGUUCACGACCGUCUUUCUUGUUUUUGGGAUUUCUACAUUUGUUUCGCCUGCACGGAUAUACCCCCCAAAUGAAGUCACGUUAUUGGACUCCAGAUCUGUACAGGGGGAGCUGGGAUGGGUCGCCAACCCAACAGAAGGAGGGUGGGAGGAAGUGAGCAUUAUGGAUGAAAAGAACAUCCCCAUCCGGACGUAUCAGGUGUGUAACGUCAUGGAGCCAAACCAGAACAACUGGCUCCGCACUGACUGGAUCCCCCGAGGCGGUGCCCAGCGUGUCUACAUUGAGAUCAAGUUCACCCUCCGGGACUGCAACAGCCUCCCGGGUGUCAUGGGAACCUGCAAGGAAACCUUCAAUCUUUACUACUACGAGUCCAACAACGACAAGGAGCGCUACAUCCGCGAGAACCAGUUCGGGAAGAUUGAUACCAUCGCUGCGGACGAGAGCUUCACUCAGGUGGACAUCGGCGAUCGCAUCAUGAAGCUGAACACAGAGGUCCGUGACGUGGGCGCCUUGACCCGGAAGGGCUUCUAUUUGGCCUUCCAGGAUGUUGGAGCGUGCAUUGCGCUUGUGUCCGUCAGGGUCUUCUACAAGAAAUGUCCUUUAGCAGUGCGUAACUUGGCCCAGUUUCCUGAUACCAUCACUGGAGCCGAUACCUCCUCACUCGUGGAAGUUCGUGGAUCAUGCGUGGAUAAUUCAGAGGAGAAAGAGGUUCCAAAGAUGUACUGCGGGGCUGAUGGAGAGUGGUUGGUGCCCAUCGGGAAUUGCCUGUGUAACCCUGGAUACGAGGAGCGCAAUGCAGAAUGCCAAGCCUGUAAGAUUGGUUACUACCGUGCUCUGGCCACUGAUGGCUCCUGUGCCAAGUGUCCACUCCACAGCUACUCCGUCAGGGAGGGAUCCACCUCCUGUGUCUGCGAUAAGGGAUACUUCCGCUCUGAAACGGACCCGGCGUCCAUGCCCUGCACCCGCCCUCCGUCGGCACCCGCCCACCUCAUCUCCAAUGUGAACGAAACCUCUGUAAACCUGGAGUGGAGCCCACCCCUCAGCUCAGGAGGACGCCAGGACUUGACAUACAAUGUGGUGUGUAAGCGCUGCGGGCCCGACGGCCGGCGCUGUCAGCCCUGCGGCAACGGCAUUCACUUCAGCCCCCAGCAGCUGAGCCUGAAGGGAACUAGGGUGUCCAUCAACGAGCUGCAGGCCCACACCAACUACACCUUUGAGGUGUGGGCGGUGAACGGGGUAUCGCCUCAGAGCCCUGGGCCCGAACAGGCUGUGUCCGUGACCGUCACCACCAACCAGGCUGCUCCUUCUCCAGUGACUUCCAUCCAGGCAAAGGAUAUCACAAGACACACCAUCUCACUGGCCUGGCAGCCACCGGAUAGAGCCAACGGGGUCAUCCUGGAGUAUGAGGUCAAGUACUAUGAGAAGGACCAAAAUGAAAGAAGCUACAGAAUCAUAAAAACCUCGUCGAGGAACACUGACAUCAAAGGUCUCACCCCCCUCACUUCCUAUGUGUUCCAUGUCCGCGCUCGCACCGCGGCCGGCUACGGGGAAUUCAGCGGCCCGUUUGAGUUCAUGACCAACUCGGUUCCAGCUCCCAUUAUUGGCGAUGGGGCCAACUCCACAGUGUUACUGGUGUCAGUGGUGGGCAGCGUGGUCCUUCUCAUCAUCCUCAUCAGUGCCUUCGUCAUCAGCCGAAGAAGGAGUAAGUACAGCAAGGCCAAGCAGGACUCUGACGAAGAGAAGCACUUACAUCAAGGAGUGAGGAUCUACGUUGACCCCUUUACCUAUGAGGACCCAAACCAAGCCGUCCGUGAGUUCGCCAAAGAGAUUGACGCCUCCUGUAUCAAGAUUGAAAAGGUUAUCGGCAUUGGGGAGUUUGGCGAGGUCUGCAGCGGCCGCCUGAAGAUGCCAGGAAAGAGGGAGAUCUGUGUGGCCAUCAAGACGCUAAAGGCCGGCUACACCGACAAGCAGAGGCGGGACUUCCUGUCCGAGGCCAGCAUCAUGGGCCAGUUUGACCACCCCAACAUCAUUCACCUUGAGGGCGUGGUCACCAAAUGUAAGCCAGUGAUGAUUAUCACAGAGUACAUGGAAAACGGAUCGCUGGAUGCAUUCCUGAGGAAGAACGACGGUCGUUUCACUGUGAUUCAGCUGGUCGGCAUCCUGCGUGGAAUUGCAUCAGGCAUGAAGUACCUUUCAGACAUGAGCUACGUUCACCGCGAUCUGGCAGCUCGCAACAUCCUGGUCAACAGCAACUUGGUGUGCAAGGUGUCCGACUUCGGCAUGUCCCGAGUGCUGGAGGACGACCCCGAGGCUGCAUACACCACCCGGGGAGGGAAGAUCCCCAUCCGCUGGACGGCCCCGGAGGCCAUCGCUUACAGGAAGUUUACCUCGGCCAGUGACGUGUGGAGCUACGGAAUCGUCAUGUGGGAAGUGAUGUCAUAUGGCGAGCGACCAUACUGGGACAUGAGUAACCAAGACGUGAUCAAGGCUAUUGAUGAGGGCUAUCGGCUGCCCCCGCCCAUGGACUGCCCUGUGGCACUCCAUCAGCUCAUGCUGGACUGCUGGCAGCGCGAGAGGGCUGACCGGCCAAAGUUUGGACAGAUCGUCAACAUGCUGGACAAGCUGAUCCGCAAUCCAAACACUCUGAAGAGGACUGGGGGAGAGGCCGCUGUCAGGCCUAACACCACCCUGCUGGAGCCAGGGAGCCCCGAGGUGUCGUCGGCCGUGGGCACAGUGGAGGACUGGCUGCAGGCCAUUGGCAUGGAGCGAUACAGCGACAACUUCACCGCCGCCAGCUACACCACUCCAGAGGCUGUGGUCCACAUGACACAAGAGGACAUGGCUCGCAUAGGCAUCACCUCGGCAGCACACCAGAACAAGAUCCUGACCAGCGUCCAGGGAAUGCUGUCCCAAAUGCAACAGAUGCAAGGCAGAAUGGUUCCCGUCUGAGAGGUUUAAACAAAGAAAAAGGAAAAGGAAGCAAAGCGACUUCGUUUCUUAUGAAAAAAUAAAUAAAUAACAAAAAAGACGAAAUAUAAAAAAAAGAGACAAAUAAACUAUGAAGUAAUAGUUUACCUCAUCCAUGCACUUUAAAAUUGGAUUUAAAGGAAAAGAAGCUGUUGAUGAAGAAAAAAAAAAGUGAUGAAAAUGGCACUUUUUUUUUUUUUUUUUAAAUCAGACCUUUUUCUUGCCCUUUUUUUGUUGUUUUGGAGAAUGGGACACUUCUUUCUGCAGCAUUUAUGUAUAGACGGAGGGACGGCUGGAAAAGUGCUUCCGAAAGGCCAAUCUGGAGUGCCUUUAAUGGUCUGAAAGGAAAAGCAAGGGAGAGGGGAAUCGUACCUUUCUUCCUCCUCUUUGGCAGAGUGUUGUUUCUGGAACAUUUUUCUGGAAUAAUCCACCGAGCAGAUUUUUUUGAUUUCCUGUGACUGUGUUUAUUGUAAAUGAAUUGUUUCAGUGGGACUCGCAGGCUGCCCCGGCCGUCAUUGUUCUCUCUCAGCUGGAUCUGUUUGAUAUCUCGCAAACAAAAUGGAGGAUCCUGACCGUCAUAUAUAUAAACAAUGAAUCUCGGAGAGGUUGAGCGUUGGAUUCCGAGGGGAGAUAGCAGUGCAGGGGAGGGCUUGUUUUACGGAGCUUUUUGCUGUCUUUUUUUUGCUCUGUUCUGGCCUUGUUUUUCUCCCAGAACGCUGUAUUUUGUUGUCCUCAGGACGUUGCUGAGAAUGUCUUUGAUCUUCCAGAAGAACCUUUCCACUCCCCUGUCUUCCCAAAAAAUGCCCCCCCCACACCUCAGAUAAACACACAAUUUGGAUUCUUUCAUUCAUCUCCCGAUCUGAUUUAAAGCCCCAGCCUCCUGCUUCUGCAGGACCCACCAACUCUUCCUCACCACUUUUGAUGGACAGCUAUUUGGCUUUCUAAAUUGGACGCAAGAAUAAAGGAAAGCAUCGGCAAGAUUUAUUUUGGACUAAAGAAUGCAACAGAGGCAAUAUGGAUGUAGAAUGAAUCAGAAUCAUCAGCAUCAUCAUCGCUGCCAAAAUACACAGAGGAUUACUCAAAUUGUCAUCAAGCUGCUGCUGUCCAUCACAAACAGGAACCCGGUCCUGGUCGCUCCGACCAUAAUUCUUCCUCUUUGUCUUCCUUCUCCUGCUUUCCCUUCCUCUCCUUGGAGUGUCCUCCGACACCGAGAUGACAAAUCCAUCCCCGAGCGUCUGGGACGUCCACCGUCAAAUUCAAAAACUAGCCACCACGCUCUUGUGGCCAUCCAGCCAUGUACUGGAAAUUACUAUGAAUGAUUUCACAGCUUAAAAAAAGACAAAAUGAAGAAUGUAAUAUAAUCGAGAAGCCCUGCUCCAGCGGAUAAUGUACUUUUAUUUUGAAAGUUUCAUUUUAUUUUGUGUUUUUUUGUUGUCGCUGUUGCUUUUUUAUAGUUUUUUUGUUUUUGGUAACAAACGUUUGAUUUGAGCGUGCGAAUGUGAUGACGUGCGUGUGUGUGUGUGUGUGUUUGGGUGUGUGUGUGUGUCCAGCCUUAUGAGUGACGUCUUUGAAGUACCAUCAGUCAUUUUCAUGCCACUGUGGAGGAAGAAAAGAUGUAUUGUUUUCGACAUGAAAACAUUUUUUUUUUUGUUGCUUUUGUGUUGUCUAAAAAAUAAUGAUGUAAGGUGUGUUGCUCCUGUCGUGCAAACUCAGCGACAGCAUUUAUUAAACAGCUUUCUGGAAUGCAACCCAUUUCUGCUUGGCAGUAACAGCGGCUUGCAAAUGCACACCGAGACACAGACUAAAAGCCUCCCUCGUGUAGAAACACACCGAACACAGACGAGAAAUGAACCUCUCCAAGCUUCAUGAGGAGAAAAUGUGGGAAACUUUGCCCUCUGUGGAAAUGGUAGCAGUUUAAAAUAAGGCACCUGUACACAACAAAGGAUCAGAUAAGUGUGGAAAAGGUGUUUAACAAGGGAACAUUGUUGACUAUUUUUUUUUUUUUCCAGAGCACAUCAUACAGCUACAGGUUUAACCCAAUGGACAAUAUUCUUUUUGAUCCUUUAUGUCUUUAAACUUAUACUUAUUUGAAUGUUUCUGAACUCGUAAAUGAUGCUUCAUAUAAUACAACAACACCUCCGUCCUUAAUACAGCUCUACUGCUCUUUCCUUUUUUUGGCAAUGCGUUGUUCUUUUGGGUUUUAUCUUUUGAAAAAGGACCUGUUUGGAAAUAUGCAAGACAUGUUGGGAAGGAGAAGGAAACCAGAAUGUACUGUAAUUUUUUUCCCUUUACCUAAAUGGUGGACAAUUUGAAAAAAAGAAGAAAAAAUUAACAAAACGCAAGAGUUGAUGUUUGUCAUUGUAUGCCUUCUGAUGCCAUAUGAUCUAGCCAUGUAGAUCUAACAUUCUCUCAAUCUUUUUUGUACUUUCAUUUUGACAUGAUCAUGUUUUUGGCCUUGUUUGUUUUAUUUUGUUUUUGUCAAGGAGCUCUAGGUACAUGUAACUUAUGUCAUUUAUUUAUGUCCUUUUAUAUCUAGUUUGUAAAAUAAUAGCCUAAAGUGAAGAAAAUAAAGGGGUGCCAAAGUGCAUUCUUAAUAAAGUAGAAACCAUAUGA